UUCUGCUGUUUUUUGAUCACUUUUAAAGCUUAUUAUAGUUGAAGGUUUUCCUUUUGUUUCAUGGAUGAUUGUAGAAAUUAUUAUCUUUGUUAUUUUUUAAUGUUUAGCUUCUUACUAUUUUUUUUUUAAUAUUAUAUCAGCUCUGUUUGUUGAUAUUAACUGUCUGUUUGGUUGUUGAGAAAGACUUAGGAAAAUAGGAGAAAAUUAAAAACGAGAAUUUCUUGUUUUUUUCGCGUUGGAAGUUCUUGUUCUCUUAGCUAAUGAGUAGUUGUAAAUCUUACAUUUGUUUUAAGAGAGUAAAAAGGGUUGCUUGUUUUUCCCUCACAUUAAUACUGAUUGAGUUAGUUUCGGUUGGUUCGUUAGAUUGAGACAAUGACUAGGGUAACCCGUGAUUUUGGAGAUACUAUGCAAAAAGAUGCUGUCCUAGCUGUAUCAGCAGAUGUUGCAUUUGCUUCUAGUCGGUUUCCUAAUUACAAAAUUGGAGCUACCAAUCAGAUUCUGGAUACAAAAGAUGACCCCAAAGUAUUGUCCAUGAAGGAGGCUGUGGCACGCGAGACUGCUUUGCUUUUGGAACAGCAGAAACGCCUCUCUGUCCGUGACCUUGCCAGUAAAUUUGAAAAGGGAUUGGCUGCUGCUGCUAAGUUGUCAGAAGAGGCUAGGCUCAGAGAGGCUGCUUCAUUGGAGAAACAUGUCCUAUUGAAGAAGCUUAGGGAUGCGCUAGAAUCAUUAAAAGGACGUGUGGCAGGUAGAAACAAGGAUGACGUGGAGGAAGCUAUUGCCAUGGUGGAAGCGUUAGCAGUUCAGCUGACUCAGAGGGAAGGAGAGUUGAUUCAAGAAAAAGCAGAAGUAAAGAAGCUAGCAAAUUUUCUUAAGCAGGCUUCAGAAGAUGCCAAGAAACUUGUCGAUGAGGAAAGAGCUUAUGCUCGUGCUGAAAUUGAGAGUGCCAGAGCGACAGUUCAGAGGGUGGAAGAGGCUCUUCAAGAACAUGAACGAAUGUCUCGAGCUUUGGGGAAGCAGGACUUGGAAGAAUUAAUGAAGGAGGUUCAAGAGGCUAGAAGGAUCAAAAUGCUGCAUCAGCCAAGCAAGGUUAUGGACAUGGAACAUGAGCUACGAGCAUUGAGGAUACAACUUGCUGAGAAGUCUAAAUGUUCUCUGCAGCUUCAGAAGGAGCUUGCAAGGAGCAGGAGAGGCGAGCAGAGCAUAUUCCAUUUAUUUGAAUUAGAUGGCUCUGAAGCAUUAGGUUCAUGUUUGCGGAUUAAUCCUUGCUCUGAUAAUGCUCCAGAACUUUCUGAAUGUUCCAUUCAGUGGUAUCGUCUAUCAUCUGAAGAUGUCAAAAAGGCGCUUAUAUCAGGAGCAACCAAACCAGUUUAUGCUCCAGAGCCUUUUGAUGUUGGGCGAGUCCUGCAAGCUGAAAUAAUUUCUGAUGGCCAACAAUUCACUUUGACCACUACUUGUGCCAUUGAUCCUGCUGCUGGUCUCGGAAGCUAUGUAGAGGCACUUGUGCGAAAACAUGAUGUUGAAUUCAAUGUAGUUGUUACCCAGAUGAAUGGGUUGGAUCAUACAUCAGAAUCUAUUCAUGUGCUUCAUGUCGGAAAGAUGAGGAUGAAGCUUCGCAAAGGGAAGUCGACAAUUGCUAAAGAGUACUACUCUACUUCAAUGCAGCUGUGUGGAGUUAGAGGAGGUGGGAAUGCUGCAGCUCAAGCAUUGUUUUGGCAAGCAAAGAAAGGGGUUUCCUUUGUAUUAGCAUUUGAAUCAGCAAGAGAGAGGAAUGCAGCCAUCAUGCUUGCAAGGAGGUUUGCUUUUGAUUGCAAUAUUAUGCUCGCUGGGCCAGAUGACAGAGCUCCUUUAGGAAGUUAAACCAACCUCCAUACUGUUUUGUUUCACUAAUUGUAAUUAAGUUGAGUUUGCACAUGAAUCAUAGGUUUGUAAUAGUAGGAUGUGGUAUGCUGUGUUGUGGCCUUGUGGGCCUCCACCAUUCUUUUUUCUUCUUCAUUUUUAAUUUUUCCUGCCCCUACUAAGGCAUUUUUUUUUUUAAUUUGCCUUUUAAUAGAGUGUUAACAUAUUCCCACUUACAAUUGGAGAUGGAUUGCAGCUGUCUCGAUUCUGUUGAAUGGUUUUUGUAUGAUGGCUACAUAAUUGAUGAUUGUUGUAAGAGUUAUGAGCUAUAUUUCUGCUAGAAGCU